AUGAUGAACCUACACUUUAUUCGGAGGGGACUUUCUCCUCAUCAGAACCAACAACAUACUUCUGGUAGUGCGAGUAAUAGCCAACAAUCAAAUAAUAGCAAACAAACACCAAAUAAUAGCAUGAGUAAUACGAGUAAUAUGAAUUAUAGUACAAACCAACAUUCUAAUUCUUCUUCCUCAUCUUGUAGGAAGAGAACUUUGGAGUAUAGUAUCGAUCUGGAUGAUUUACCUUCUCCUCCAUCCUUAUUUUCCUCUGCUUCUUUAAUAGCCACAAUGAAUGCAGUUACCAUGAUGAAUACUAAUGAAACUCUAAAACAAUCAUCACCCGAAGACGAUCAAAAAGCUUCAAUAGAGAAUGUUAUCAUGUCCGAUGAUCCAAAUGAAGAACAGCAACAAGAAGAAGAGGAAAUAAUCAUUUCUCAAACUGAUGAUGAACCAAUCCUUAAAACACAAUUCCCACCCUUUUCAAUAGUAACAAGUUUGAAAAAAAAUGAUUCAUUAGGGGAUAGUGAGAGUGAGGAUGAUGGAGAAUAUGAAGAUUCUAAUGAUGAAGAUGAAUUGAGGGAGUUUUCAAUUAAACAAGUCGAACAAUCGACUAAGAAGAGAAAAUUAAAUAUUGUAAAUAAGGAGGAUAAUAGAAAAUCGGAACAGUUAGAGGAUAAUUCAAAACCAAUCAUGCUCUUGACUCAAUUACCUCCAAUGUCAACAUGUGAGGCAAAACAAGAAGACAUUACUGUAGUGGUAGAACACCCUAUUGAUGAAGAAGAGUUUCUAAAUAAUGCAACAGUCCCUCAGGAGAAUGAGAUGAUCAAAUCUUUGGAGGAUAAUAUUAUUGAGGAACUUGCAUUUACUCCAGAUCAAGAAAAUAACAUUGAGAAUUUAUCCCAAAUUCCAAAAUUGGAAAAUAAUAGGCAAUUAGAGGAAGAUUUUGAUAUUCAUGUUGACUUACACGAGUUGGAUUAUGAAUUUUCGAAUAAUACAGAACCAGCCCAAAAACCAGAAGAAUCAAUUCAAGCUAAGAAGGUUCUUGUUGACAUUUCCGUUCAAACUGAUAACAGUCUCCUUCCAAAACCUGUACAAAUUGUAAAUAGCGAUCCAAAUAAUAUCUGUUCCAUUUGCUUAAGUGCAUGGAGCAGUACUGGACUACAUCAAGUGUGCUGCCUUUCGUGUGGCCAUCUUUUUGGUAAGAAUUGCAUUGAGAAAUGGUUGAAAAAAAACUCUACAUGUCCAAAAUGUAAAAAAUCUGCAGAUAGAAGUCAUAUUAGAUUACUCUAUGUGGACAAUAUUCAUGCCAUAGAUACACAAAAAGUUGAAGAUUUAGAGAGUAGAUUGGAAGCAGAAGUUAAAGCACGAAAAGAGCUGGAGGUAAUCAAAAAUGGUCUCGAAUUGAGAAUUAAAAUGCUUUUAGAGCAGAAAGGAGGUGAGAAUUUUGCAGAGAACCCUUCAUCUUCCCCCCCUAACAACAAGGGUGUUCAACACCGUUCAAGCUCAGAAUCAGACACCAAUAAGAGGAAAUCAUUGAUUCAACGAUCGUUAGAACUUGCAGAAAGAAAAAAGAAAGAGUUUGAUUUAAUGAAUUCUGAAGAGGAGGAAGUUACAAGAAACAUUGUCUGUUACAAUGGGAAAUCAAAAAAUCAACAAUCCAGAAAAAAGAACACCUAUCUAUAUGGAUCGAAUGGAGCUAAUAAGCUUCUAUUCAAUACUCCACUUGAAAAUUCUGGCUUGAUAGAAAUUAGCAACAAUCAAGUAUUUAUAUCUUUUGAAAGAAGGGAUAAAAUGUGUGGAUUUUAUGUUGCUGGAUUGGAAAGAUUAAUGAGUAAUCCAUCCAUAAUUAAUCAGGCAAGGAAAGUAAUGCAUAAUUCACCAAUAUCAGAUAUCAAACCACUCUAUCUUCUUUCACCCAACAAUUCUAAAGGUUACUCUAUUGAAUAUAUGCAAUCUAACCUUAUUUUAACUUCCUCACAAGAUAAAUCAAUGAGAAUUACUGAUCUACGACAAGGAACAGCGGACUCUAUAUGUUUUUUCCCUUAUCUAUCAACCAAUAGAGAAGGUUUAUCAACAUCUAUUACUUGUUGUGAAUGGAAUAGAACCAAUUCAAACUAUUGUUUUGCAGGACUAUCAUCAGGUUCAAUUCUAUGUUACGAUACUAGAAAACCAAGUGAACCUUUUUUAAAUACUGGGGAUCAUUCAUGUUCUCCACAUACAAUGUUUCACAUACCCAACAAGGGCCUAGUAGUAGGCUCAAAUAAUUCCAUUACCUACUAUGAUGAAAAUCAAUAUGGUUAUACAAAGGGACAUAAUUUAUUUAAUAAGGAAGUUUCUUCAUUCUACUUUAAUACUUCAAAUGAUACCCUUUUAUUCACAUGCAGGGAAUCAUCAAAAUCAUCUCAAUUACAUAUAUUCACUCUUGAAAGCAAUCAACAUGUGAAUUGUUUAGAGAGUAUCAGUAUCAAUCACAAAGGACCAAAACUAGGAAGGCCAUAUGUCUCAGAUAAUGGUCAAAACUUUCUUUCCACAAUAGCAGUUCCAAAGCCAGAUGAUUUUUCUGUAGAAAUUUGGAAAUCUCAAACAGAUCAGGACUAUUCAUUUAAGGGUGAUAUCAAAUUACAAUCUAGCACUGAAAUUAUUCAAAGUUGUGCCCUGUCAUUUAAUAAUCUGUUUGUUGUUACAAAAGACAAUCUUAGUGCAUACUUGGUUUAA